AUGUGUGAAUGCCGGGCCGAGUUUAAUGAUCUCCAUGCCAAGCUUCAUGAUGCCAUUAUGAAAGGAGACCAAGAGAAUAUCAAAAGAUUGCUGAAGGUCCAUCCAAUCAAUGAUCCCAUUACCAUCUGGAAAAACUGUACCUUAUUCCCCACACUUCCAGCUCAGGGGUUGGCUAUCCUUCCAAUCCACUUGGCUGCAACAUACAGAAAGGCAAAGAGUUUACAAUGCUUACUUCAAUUAAAGGCUGAUGUAGAAAAGAGGGAUGCCUUGGGCCGAACAGCAUUGCAUCUGAUCAUUGUCCACUGGCCCAACAUAAUCCAAGACUGGAUCGUACCAAAGAGCAAGUUUGAGAAAGCUAUGGCGGGCAUGCAGAGCCGGGCUGAGCAGUGCCUCCAGCUGCUGUGCCAACACGGGGCACAGAUCAAUGUGGCCACCCAAACCAGGAGUCGGGACACAGCAAUGCAUCUAGCUGUGCGCCACGGGGCCUGGCGGGCAGUGCCCAUCCUGGCACGGUAUGGUGCCAACCUAGAGACAGCUAACCAUCAUGGCAUGACCCCAAUGCACAUGGCCAGCGGGCUGUUGGACCGGCGCAUGGUGGAGGAGCUGCUGGGCCGGGGGGCACGAGUGAACAGCGAGGUGGUGGGCAGUGGCAGCACUCCACUUCAGUUGGCCGUCUGCGCUGCCUCAGGCAAAGGGGCGCAGCAGCUCGGGGCUGGCCUGGACUGCGUGCAGGUCCUUCUGGCAGCAGGUGCCAGCGUGGACACCCAAGAUCAGCAGGGGAGGGCAGCGGUGCACGAGGCAUGCUUUGGGGGACGACAGGAGCUCAUCGACCUGUUGCUGGAGCAUGACGCUGACCUGGGCCUGCGCACCAAGCUGGGUGAGUCACCUCUCUCCCUCUUCCUGGAGCGCAGGCCCAACCUCCGGUGCAGCCAUCUGCUGGCAAAACUGCUCAGCCUCUCCUGUCCUCUGCGGAUUGCCGGCGGGCAGGGGGGCCAACUGCCCAGUGGACUGCUGUGCCCAGAAUUCCGCCAGCACCGGGAGUUCCUAUUGACCCUGAGCCAGGAGCCACCAUCUCUUCAGGAUCUCUGCCGGGUGGCAGUCAGGAAGGUCUACGGCCACCGGCAAAGGCAGCAUCUCAAAGAGAUCUUGCCCACCUCAGUGUGGCAGUAUGUGUAUGGUUACAGGGACUAUGCCAGGAGGUUGGCAGAGAUAGAGGUCAAGCCAAUAGAACAUCUCAACUGUGGGGAAUCAAGGGAAUCUGGCCAACAGCCUGCUCCACUGCACUGA